GGCUCCGGCUCCUCCCCGGCUCAGCGAGGCAGCGCUGUCCCUGACCAGGCGGCGGGAGCGAGGUCUAGGAACACAGUGCCUUCAACAACUGUAACAGUAGCUGUCGUUUUCUGAAUGACGAGUACAUACCACCCACUACACUGAGCAUGCCUUGCCAUCUUCUCUAACGCAGUGUAGGGUUCAGAGAUGGGCAGUGAGAAGGAGCAGAAUCCAGAACAGCACCUGCCUGAGGAAAGGGAGAGGGGUAAGCCUUGGAGAGCGGACGACCCAGAGGGUUUUCGGAUCCCAGAUGGGGAGAAAGAGCAUGGGCAAGAGAGCCUGUCAGAGAGACCACAAGGGAUCCAUCCCCAAAAGCCCUGGCAGAAAGCCAGUGUCCCCACUGGAGAGCCAGGGGACCCCGUUGUCCUUUCAAGACUUGAGGCCGAUGAGAAGCCCUUUAUAUGUGCCCAGUGUGGCAAAACCUUCAAUAACACCUCCAACCUGAGAACACACCAGCGGAUCCACACGGGUGAGAAGCCUUACAAAUGCUCUGAAUGUGGCAAGAGCUUCUCGAGAAGCUCCAACCGCAUCCGGCACGAGCGGAUCCACCUGGAGGAGAAGCACUACAAAUGUCCCAAGUGUCAGGAGAGCUUUCGGCGGCGCUCGGAUCUCACCACACACCAGCAAGAUCACCUGGGCAAGCGGCCGUACCACUGUGACAUCUGUGGCAAGAGCUUCAGCCAGAGUGCCACGCUGGCCGUGCAUCACCGGACCCACCUCGAGCCGGCACCCUACAUCUGCUGUGAGUGUGGGAAGAGCUUCAGCAACAGCUCCAGCUUUGGGGUGCACCACCGCACCCACACAGGUGAGAGGCCUUAUGAGUGCACCGAAUGUGGGCGGACCUUCAGCGAUAUCUCCAACUUUGGAGCACACCAGAGGACUCACAGAGGGGAGAAGCCCUACCGGUGCACUCUGUGUGGGAAACACUUCUCUCGGAGCUCAAAUCUCAUCCGCCACCAGAAAACGCACAUGGGAGAGCAGGCUGGGAAAGAUUCCGGCUGAAGGAGUGAGUGAGGGAGAGACCUCAACGUAGUGUAGGAAGAUCUUUAGAAUCUGCUGCUGCCCCUUGACCUCAGGCCCUUCACCCCACUUUGGAGAAUGGUUCCUGUUGCCUCUGAAGCCAGGAUCUCCAGCAAGUCCUGAGAAGGGACUCUGAGUGAAAACCUUUGCCCCUUUCCAAGCCGAUAUUUUGCCUUGGAAAGUCAGAGGAUCUGGUCUUGGUUUCAUCUCCUUGGGGUGAAAGAGAAAUAGGGUAGGUUUAGUAAAUGCUCACAUUAUUAGGGCAGCUGUCCCCGGCCUUUGAGGAAAUACCUGUGCGAUGGGCACCACAUUGUGUAUGAACUGCUGAGGGCCCAUUGCAGUGGCCUGCUAUUUCUGUCCACUGUGCUCCAGCUGGGCUGGGAGGAGCUGUCUUCCCAGUGGACGGAGCCUCCUUGGCCUGGAGAGGGGGUCCUGCCUUAGAAAUGGAGGGGAAGCCCUCAGGGAGCCAUGAUCUAGGGACCUUCACACUCCCCAUGUGUGUGACUUGUUAUCCCUCUCCCAACCUGCAUCUGUUCCCUGAGUGACCAGCAGUAAAACCCUUCAAUGAAAA